CAAAAAGUGCUAGCUGCCAGCCCAAGGCAACUGCUAUUCCACUUACCGUCUCCCCCAACACUCAAAGGAGUCCAAAGGAUACCAAUCUCCUUUCCGUCUCUGUCUCUGUCUCCGCCUCUCCCUUCGGUAAAACUUAAGCGCCGGUAACAUGGACUAACAUGGACGUGAGAGUUGGGCUCUUAUUUCUUCUUGUGUUGGGUGCUGGCUGGGCUUCUGCUGCUAGACAAAUGGCAGACACGAAGCUUUCUUAUGAAAGCGUGGUCAAUAUUGAUAUCGCAGCUACACAAGUGAAAGACCAUGAUCAAGAAAGGGAAGAUCAAGCUUCAAAUGGAACUACCGGGGAUAAUCAAGUGUGCACAUUCUGUGAGGAAUUUGCUUCCCAAGCACUUGAUUACCUAACUGAAAACAAGACCCGGACUGAAAUAAUUGAUGUUCUUCAUGUAGUCUGCUCUCAAGUGCAUUCUUUCAAGCAACAGUGCAUCACUUUGGUGGACUAUUAUGUUCCUCUCUUCUUUCUGGAGGUUUCCUCAGUUCAACCUAGAGAAUUCUGUCAAAAAGUCAAUCUUUGUCAGGAAAUGGUAUUCAUUUCCUCAAAACUCCAACAAGAUAAAUGCAGAAUUUGCCAUCGUGCUGUUUCAGAAGUAUUACUCAAGUUGAAAAAUCCUGACACACAGCUUGAGAUAAUUGAGAUCCUUCUAAAGGGAUGUGAUUCAAUGGAGAAAUAUGCGGCAAAGUGCAAGAAGUGGGUUUUCGAAUAUGGUCCUAUUAUCCUCACCAAUGCAGAACAGUUCCUGGAAACCAGAGACAUAUGUUCUAUUUUACAUGCCUGUGAUUCAAGCAUUGCUGGUAGUGAGGAAGCAGCAACAGUAGUAAAGGCUGAUUCAUAAUCAAGUGGAAUGAAAAUGAACAAACUGGAUAUGUUUCCGUGAACUUAUUUCAUUCCAGGGGUUUGUAUGAUAGGAUUUCUAUACCAUAAUUGAGUCAUUGCUGUAAAUUAUGUUGUAACUAAAAUUUCAAUGCUCGUCUGAAAUUAUGUAAUCUUGUGUGUUAAUCA